AUGACGGAUAUUGAAAAAUUUCCGAGUUUUGGUUAUAUCAAUGAUAGUGUCCCAUUGCGCAUCGAAGUUCGAACAAAAUCAGCACCUGAUGGCAAUGAAGGAAGCUAUUUUUACAAUAUAUUUCGAUUUUUGCCUAAUCUAACUCCAGAGCAACAACAACAAGCAUUGUCAAUGCCUGCUGGCGUCUUUUGUUCGAAUCAAACCAACACGAAACCAUCUCCCAGCAAUCUUUCCGAUAAAAUUUCCAUGAAUGGAGAAAUACUAAUUCUAUUUGGAAAAGAACUUGCCGCUGAAAGUUUUGAUACGAUAUAUGAUCGAUCAUUUCAAUUCGCUCAAUUCAAAUCUUGGUUGAACAAUGGUGAACAUACCAUUGAACUUCAUGAUUUCGCUACUGGCUUGGUCUAUCGUUAUUUGACGUCGACACGACAAUGCAAAGUAUGGACGAUCAAUUCCAGUAUCAGUGAUGCUGUACCGCUACCAGGUCAAUCACAAUUCGUUCAAAUGGCGAAACCACUUCAUUUAUUUCUUUUGGACGAUAUGAAUUUUCAGUAUAUAGGCUCGAGAGAAUGUCAUAGUCAAAUGCGAUGUCAUGUGUGGAUUGGCGAAAAUGCACUAUUGAAUCGAUCUCAAUACGAACGUCGUGAAUGGUACUGGGCUUAUCAAUUCAAUAAUCAGACUAUUGAACCUUGGAUACCUAUUCGUUUGGUCAAUACUCGCUUGGAUGCGCAACACAAACCGAUAGCAGUUAUGGAAACCAAUAUAUACAAGUACCAAACCAAUCCAUUAACUGAAUUUGAGGUUGAUAGUACAAUCGCUGAUUGCUAUCGUGCUCUUGGGCCUACAGGUUAG